AUGGCGUCGGCCUCGUCCUUCACCGCCUCGUUGGCCGUGCUCCUUGCAGCCAAAUACUGCCGUCAGCACCCGCUGUUUCACUGGCGAGAAGAAGCGCUGCCUUCUAUCGGUCGUCGCGCAGAAAAGUACUGUUUUCGCGUCGAAUUGCGCAAUCUACAGCAAGAAACAUGUGACGAGCUGGUGCUUGCGCUGUUUCCGGCGCAACUGAGUCUUGUCGACUUUGAAAAAGAAAGUACACGCUACCGUCUGAAAGCGCUGCUCGUGACGCUCAAGCACCCAUACAUUCUUCCAGUCAUUGACAUGGGGUACGUCAAGGAGAGACAAGCGCUGCUUCUGCUCCAGCCAUUUGCAGCUCGGGGCAGUCUCAAGGACCUCAUUUACCAAGUGGAUGAUCCAGCUAAGCCUUUUGACCUCAAGUACCGUCUCGAACAGGCUCAUGCUCUUCCUUUUCGAGACAUUGCCAAGUUUGCACGACAACUGUUGGAAGCACUGGCCGGACUGCGGCAGAAAGGUGUGCUGUGCGACCACUUGCGGUCGUCCAAUGUGAUGAUUGACCGUGGCAAUGCUCGAAUUGCCGAGAUUUUCACGCCGUUACUGGCGAUUGAUCGCGAUAAAGACAGUCGCGCAGUCACCGUGGGUCUCGAGCAGCACGUGGACAUUGAUUUGCUGCUUUUUGGACACAUUUUGUACGAAAUGGCGACUGGGUUGGAACUAGCAAGUCCACAGCCGGAAGAAGGUGUGCUCGAGAUGGUGGCACCGGAAAUUGCUGAAGUAUUGCAGGCGGUUUUCUUUUGUCCAGAAGUGCUCGCAAGUCCAGUGGAUCCAGUUGAGCUUUGGCCAGGCGAGGGGAAGGAAAGUCGGACCGUGGAAAAUGAGGACGAUGUCGUGUCGGUUGGUGAUGAUGGUAGUAGCACGGGCAGUAGUCGCAGCAAGAAACACUUGUUUCUUGUCGAUGUGGACAGAAUGCUGGAAGACUUUUCGUUGUUUGCGAUCGCUUGUGGUGUCCCGCCUAUUCGGACAUUGUUCUCUGGGUUCCGUCUGGAUUCCGAUAUGAAGAGAACCAUUAAGUAUAGCAUGCGGAUCAACGCGAGCCGUAGUCAAGCACAUAUUGUACGCUACAACGACCAAGAGGCACUCUUGCGGGCUCGUCGACGAGCUGAACGUCGCGCGUAUGUGGAGAGGGGAAAACAGCAACAGCGUAUCCAGCAACUUACUCCGAGCAAGAACCCUACUAGCAAGGGCAAUGCAUACAGCAUCAAGACUAUGCCGUCUAGACAAAAGGCGUACCGUGCUGAUAGCUUUCGGAAGCGUACCCAGCGCACGCUGUCCCGGUCUAGCAGUGACGUAUCUAGCACGAGCGCUUCCAUUGCCUAG